AGAACUAAAUAUUUCUGUGCACUUCCAACACUACGAUUUACUUCGUUUGACAGCUGGUUUGACUUUAAUACUGAAGGUGAUUGGUGUUUGCGGAAGUUUCCAGGCAUUUUUUAAUUGUUUGCACUAAUUAAAUUCCAAGAAAAUUAAUAUGUCAUAUGGCGGUGGAUAUAAUCCCUAUCAACAACAAGGCUACGCCCCACCUCCUGGUGCGUAUCCACCACAAAAUGCGCAAGUGUCGCCACAGGCGCAACAGUGGUUUUCUAUGGUUGAUCGCGAUCGUUCAGGCAAAAUUAAUUCAGCUGAACUUCAAGCCGCUCUAGUGAAUGGACGUGGAGAAAAUUUUUCCGAUAAUGCAUGCAAAUUGAUGAUCAGCAUGUUUGAUUCCGAUGCUAGCGGCACAAUCGACAUUUUCGAAUUCGAGAAACUCUAUAAUUAUAUAAAUCAGUGGCUAACAACAUUCAAAACCUAUGAUCGAGAUGGAUCUGGACAUAUUGACUCAAACGAACUAACGCAAGCUUUUUCACAAAUGGGCUUUCGUUUUUCUCAAGAGUUUAUAGAUUUCUUAGUUAAGAAGUGUGAUCCAGCAACCCAUAAGGAAGUCUCAGUCGAUCAGUUUAUAGUACUUUGUGUACAAGUCCAACGCUUCACUGAGGCAUUCAGACAGCGCGAUACUCAACAAAAUGGUACAAUUACUAUUGGAUUCGAAGAUUUUCUUACAGUCGCAAUCGGUUGCUCCUAUUAAGCAAA